ACGCGUUCAUCCGCCACCGCCAUGUCCGCGCCCGAGUCCCAGACGACCAUCAGCCCCCACACCCAGCACCCUCUCGUCACCCGCACAUAUCCGUCCCAGUCCGCGCUCAACAAUGUCAUCGAACGCUCUGAGGUUGCCCAGAAGCAGUGGGCUCGUGUGCCGCUGAAGGAGAGGAUCGCUAUUGCGACGAAGUUCAUGGAUGAGUUCAAGGCCAUGGGCGAGGAGAUCUCCUUGGAGCUCACAGUGCAGAUGGGCCGUCCCGUCUCCCAAGUACCCGGGGAGGUCCGGGGCACCCUCGACCGCGCCGCAUACAUGCUCUCCAUCGCAGAGUCCAGCCUCGCCGACGUCUCUCUCGCCGACACCGACAAGCCUGGCUUCCGGCGGUACAUCAAGCGUGCCCCCAUGGGCGUCGUCCUCGUCAUCGCUCCCUGGAACUACCCCUACCUCACCUCCAUCAACUCCGUCCUGCCCGCCCUCGUCGCCGGCAACUCCGUCAUCCUCAAACCGUCGCCCCAGACCCCGCUCACCGCCGAGCGCUUCGCCCUCGCCUGGUCGCGCGCCGGGCUCCCCCAGGACCUCCUCCAGGUCGCCCACCUCUCGCCGGAGCUCGCCGCGUUUGCCGUGACACACCCGAAGGUCGACUUUGUCAGCUUCACGGGGAGCGUCGUCGGCGGGAAGGCGGUCGCGCAGGCGGCGGCGGGCGCGGGAUUCAAGGGUGUUGGUCUUGAGCUCGGUGGAAAGGAUCCGGCGUACGUGCGCGCGGAUGCGCAGCUCGACUACACGGCCGCCGAGCUGGUAGACGGCGCGAUGUUCAACUCGGGCCAGUCCUGCUGUGCCGUCGAGCGCAUAUACGUCCACGAAUCGAUCUACGAACCCUUCGUCGCGAAGUUCGUCGAGCUUGUGAAGGGAUACAAGCUUGGUGACCCGACACUGCCGGGGACGAACCUCGGCCCUGUCGUCAGCGUCGCGAGCGCGGAGAAGAUCCGCAAGCAGGUCGCGGACGCCGUGAAAGCAGGUGCGAAGGCGCUCAUUCCGGAGGACUUGUUUGCCACCGCGCAGCCGGGCACGGCGUAUGUCGCGCCGCAGGUGCUGGUCGACGUUGAUCACUCGAUGGACGUCAUGAUGGAAGAGACCUUCGGACCCGUCAUCGGCAUAAUGAAGGUAUCCUCCGACGAAGAGGCAGUCACGCUCAUGAACGACUCGCCCUACGGGCUCACAGCCUCCGUCUGGACCGACGCCGCGGCGCACCCCGAGUCCGAGGCCGCGUUCCUCCGGAUCACGGACGAGCUCUUCACGGGGACCGUCUUCCUGAACCGGUGCGACGCGCUGGACCCUGCGCUCGCGUGGACGGGCGUGAAGGACAGCGGGCGCGGCGUCAGCUUGAGCAAGUUCGGGUAUGACCAGCUCACGAGGGCGAAGAGCGUGCAUAUGAAGAUCAAGACGACGUAGGGGCUGGCGUGGCUUGUAGGAGGGAGGGGGACCGAUUGGCGUGAGCAGAUCAAGUAGCCAUGUAUUGCAAAUGUAGAAUGUUCCAAAUUAUAGCUGGUCUGUGCAACAGCUGGACUGAAACCAAAU